CUCACCUGCUCGAAAUCACUUCAAGAGGAGCGUGAACAGGACAUUUUCAGCUCACGACAAUUAAUAUGCACGUAUCGGACAGUUAACACUUCACUUUAGAUAACAGUGAUGAGCUGAAGUCUGGGCCGUGCGCCUUUCUGAGGUACAGCACCACUCCAGAAACGCGUCAGGUUUGUUUGCUACAACUUGGCAACUCAUCACUUCGGGAUUUUAACAGCAAGCGCGGAGCCCUUUCUACUGUCGAGCUGCUUUUUAGCCAUCAUCAUGGAACUGAAAAAGAGCCAGACGCAAUGCAAGAAAGUGUUGGAUAAUGCUGAAUUAUGCGUGAAGGAGUCAAUGUGAUUUCUGUUUUUCUGUAUGGCAGCGAUUUAAGAUUGCAUGGGCUCUGAGCACUUCAAGGAAGAAUAUUUGUUUGUUAAAAAUAAAUUCUGUACCUUUGGGAAUAAAUCGUGUUGCGUUGAAGUUUUAGGAAUUAAACAUCGCAACCUUCCAAGCUGUGCGUAACAGAAAGAACCGCGACGAUGGAGCACACGGGGAUCGAAGAGGUGAACCAGACCCACCAGCAGCACGAACCCAUCAGCUUUGGAAUAGACCAGAUUCUCAAUGGCUCGGACCAGCCGAGUAGCUGCAUGCUGCCGAGCCGAACCGGCGACCCGGACUACGCGCUCGCACCGAACGUCUAUGCCAACGGCUAUAACAGCGUGUACAAUCCGGCCUGUUCGAUGGCUGCGGGACUGGCAGGUUCCUACAACGUAAACAUGAACAUGAAUGUGAGCAUGAAUAUGAACGUUAACGUGAACUCAGGGAACGCAGGUGGUGUUAUCCGCGUCCCGGCCCACAGACCCAUGCCACCCGCACCUCACCCGCCGACUUCUGCCCAUCCACCGGGCAUCGGUGCAGGGAUACCCACCGUGCCCACGGUACCCAGCAUGGGCAGCCCAGCAAGCUUUACGUUCCCCUGGAUGGAGAGCAGCAGAAGAUUUGCAAAAGAUCGGCUGACCGCUGCUCUUUCACCAUUCUCCGUGACACGGCGGAUCGGUCAUCCGUACCAGAACCGAACUCCACCGAAACGGAAAAAGCCCCGCACGUCGUUCAGCCGCGUACAGAUCUGUGAGCUGGAGAAACGCUUCCACCGGCAGAAGUAUCUGGCGUCCGCGGAGCGCGCCACGCUCGCCAAGGCCUUGAAGAUGACAGACGCUCAGGUCAAAACCUGGUUUCAAAACAGAAGAACAAAAUGGAGGCACGGCGUCUCUUUUGUGUAUGCGGAGAGCUCAGAUCUCCCAAGGAGGCAGACCGCCGAGGAGAGAGAGGCUGAGCGACAGCAAGCCAACCGUCUGAUGCUGCAGCUCCAACAGGAGGCCUUUCAGAAGACCCUGAGUCAGCCGCUCCAACAAGACCCUCUCUGCCUACACAACUCCUCGCUUUACGCCCUGCAGAACUUACAGCCUUGGGCGGAAGACAACAAGGUGACGUCCGUCACCUCAGUCGCAUCUGUGGUCUGACCCACAACUCUCAUGUGAGCUAGUUAAUUGAGACAGGAUUUUAUAAGACGCCAAUUAGAAUUUAGCCGGAUCUCUGACAUUCUCACGUGGACGAGCAUCUGUACGAAGCCGUAUGGUUUUUUUGUGAGAUGGUAGAAGAGAUCUAGCUGUGCUAAAACAUCUUUUCCACUCAUAUGUGGAAAGAUUGCGAUAAAAGCCAGUAGAAAGACAGAUUAAACCGAACUGUAUUUUUGUGUAUUUGUUUAUCGUUUUUCACAAACAUGCAUAUUUAAGUCUCGGCAUGGAACAAAACCUAAUGUAUUUCCAGUUAAAGUGGAAUCACAACAAACACAAGCACACCAAGUUCACAUUUUCAUUCCCACCUGAAUCUGACUGGUCAUUUGCUCGUCCCUUACGCUACAUUCUCGUUCCUCUUUCUUCAGCUACCCAUCUAAGAGAGGGAGGGGCUUUGUCCUUUCCAACCCCAAACCGCAAAGCUGUCUGAUGAAUUUCACCCAUCAAGACGGCUGUUUGUCUACGUGCCAUUUGGCAUCAAGGAGACUGACUCAACCCCAGACUCGUUCAUUCUUGUUCUUUUUAUUUGUGUUUUGUUUGUUUUUUUCCUUUGGACUUUGUAAGAUGUGUUUGUGAUGCAUGUUCUCUACAUUUCCUGUAUGAAGAGAUGGACUAAAAACUUAGUUCUGUAAAGCUGGAGUCUUUCCUAAAACGCACUUUGGAAGCAAUUAUGGAGGCUCUCUCUGGAUUCUUCAUGACGUGACGUUUAAAGGUGUUUUAUAUUAAAAAGAAUUGUGACUUCUAAGACUUCUGUUUGAUCCUCUGCAAAAUUAAUUUGUACUACACUCUUAAAAAUGGGCAUUGAUGGUUCCAUAAAGAACCUUUAACACCCAUGGAAUCCUUCUAUUGCACAGCAGGGUUCUUUAUAGUGGAAAACGGUUCUUUUAUUCACUGAAAGGUUCUUUGGGGAACCAAAAAUGGUUCUUCUUUGGUACUGCUGUGAAAACACCCUGCUGGAAAUUUUAGAAGAGUGUAAACUCAU